GGCCGGGGCUGGCGUUCCCCUUGGCCCCCGCUCCCGGCCCGCCCCGCCGCCGCUGCCCCCCGGAUGAGGGUAUAUAUUCGGAGCGGGCGCGGGACGCAGAUGAGUGGCCGCGCGGAAGGAGCUGGAGACAGGCGUAGCUGUGGUCGCGCCGAGGAAGGUACGUACAUUACACCCCUAUUUCUACAAAGCUUGGCUAUUAGACCAUUAUGAACAUUAAUGACCUCAAACUCACGUUGUCCAAAGCUGGGCAAGAGCACCUACUACAUUUCUGGAAUGAGCUUGAAGAAGCCCAACAGGUAGAACUUUACGCAGAGCUCCAGGCCAUGAAUUUUGAGGAGCUGAACUUAUUUUUCCAAAAGGCCAUUGAAGGAUUUAACCAGUCUUCUCACCAAAAGAAUGUGGAUGCACGAAUGGAGCCUGUGCCUCGAGAGGUAUUGGGCAGUGCUACAAGGGAUCAAGAUCAGCUCCAGGCCUGGGAAAGUGAAGGACUUUUCCAGAUUUCUCAGAAUAAAGUAGCAGUUCUUCUUCUAGCUGGUGGGCAGGGGACAAGACUCGGCGUUGCAUAUCCUAAGGGGAUGUAUGAUGUUGGUUUGCCAUCCUGUAAGACACUUUUUCAGAUUCAAGCAGAGCGUAUCCUGAAGCUACAACAGGUAGCUGAAAAAUAUUAUGGCAACAAAUGCAUUAUUCCAUGGUAUAUAAUGACCAGUGGCAGAACAAUGGAAUCUACAAAGGAGUUCUUCACCAAGCACAAGUACUUUGGUUUAAAAAAAGAGAAUGUAAUCUUUUUUCAGCAAGGAAUGCUCCCUGCCAUGAGUUUUGAUGGGAAAAUUAUUUUGGAAGAGAAGAACAAAGUUUCUAUGGCUCCAGAUGGGAAUGGUGGUCUUUAUCGGGCACUUGCAGCCCAGAAUAUUGUGGAGGAUAUGGAGCAAAGGGGCAUUUGGAGCAUUCAUGUCUAUUGUGUUGACAACAUAUUAGUAAAAGUGGCAGACCCACGGUUCAUUGGAUUUUGCAUUCAGAAAGGAGCAGACUGUGGAGCAAAGGUGGUGGAAAAAACGAACCCUACAGAACCAGUUGGAGUGGUUUGCCGAGUGGAUGGAGUUUACCAGGUGGUAGAAUAUAGUGAGAUUUCCCUGGCAACAGCUCAAAAACGAAGCUCAGAUGGACGACUGCUGUUCAAUGCGGGGAACAUUGCCAACCAUUUCUUCACUGUACCAUUUCUGAGAGAUGUUGUCAAUGUUUAUGAACCUCAGUUGCAGCACCAUGUGGCUCAGAAGAAGAUUCCUUAUGUGGAUACCCAAGGACAUUUAGUUAAGCCAGACAAACCCAAUGGAAUAAAGAUGGAAAAAUUUGUCUUUGACAUCUUCCAGUUUGCAAAGAAGUUUGUGGUGUAUGAAGUAUUACGGGAAGAUGAGUUUUCCCCAUUAAAGAAUGCUGACAGUCAGAAUGGGAAAGACAACCCUACUACUGCAAGGCAUGCUUUGAUGUCCCUUCAUCAUUGCUGGGUCCUUAAUGCAGGGGGCCACUUCAUAGAUGAAAAUGGCUCUCGCCUUCCAGCAAUUCCCCGCAGUGCUACAAAUGGGAAGUCAAAGACCAUCACAGCUGAUGUCAAUCACAACUUGAAGGAUGCCAAUGAUGUACCAAUCCAGUGUGAAAUCUCUCCUCUUAUCUCCUAUGCUGGAGAAGGAUUAGAAAGUUAUGUGGCAGAUAAAGAAUUCCAUGCACCUCUAAUCAUCGAUGAGAAUGGAGUUCAUGAGCUGGUGAAAAAUGGUAUUUGAACCAGAUACCAAGUUUUGUUUGCCACAAUAGGAAUAGCUUUUAUUUUUGAUAGACCAACUGUGAACCUACAAGACCUCUUGGACAACCGAAGUUUAAAUAUCCACAGGGUUUUAUUUUGCUCGUUGAACUCUUACAGCUAUUGCACACUUCCCAAGAUCCAGAUGACUCAACUGCAGAUAGCAUUUUUAUGAUUCCCAACUCAUUGAAGGUCUUAUUUAUAUAAUUUUUUUCCAAGCCAAGGAGACUAUUGGCCAUCCAGGAAAUUUUGUACAGCUGAAAUAUAGGCAGGAUGUUCAACAUCAGUUUACUUGGAGCUGGAAGCAUUUGUUUUUGAAGUUGUACAUAGUAAUAAUAUGUCAUUGUACAUGUUGAAAGAUUUCUAUGGUACUAAAAGUUUGUUUUAUUUUAUCAAACAUCAAGCUUUUUUAAGAAAAUAAUUGGGCGGUAAAAUAAAUGUGUCUUCUUGUCCCUGGA